AUGGCGAGGCGCAGGGUCUCGAUCUUGGUGAGGCUCUGCCCCGCAGCCGCCGCAUCCGCAGCUUCUCCCGCUCCCUCACCUGACUCCUGCGGCCUCUCGUCCCCUGCCACUGCCUGGGGAUCCCUCCACGGCCCUGCCGCACCCCGCCUCCCUCGGGGCAGGAAGGGGGUCCGUGGCCUGGGUGCGGGGGGCCCGCGGCAAAGCGCCAGCGAGCGGGAGAAGCUGCGGAUGCGGCGGCUGGCACAGGCGCUGCUGCGGCUGAGGCACUACCUGCCCCCCGCGCUGGCACCUGCGGGGCAGAGCCUCACCAAGAUCGAGACCCUGCGCCUCGCCAUCCGCUACAUCAGGCACCUCUCGGCCCUGCUGGGGCUCAGCGAGGAGGCACUGGCCCGGCAGCGGGGGGCAGCCCCCCGCCACUGCCCCCUCUGCCCCCAGGGCCUGGGGUGCUGCCAGAGCCCGGAACCCCACCGGCACCCACCAGCCCAGCAGGAGGCUUUGCCCUCCGGCACUGGAGGCUGGGGCUCACCUGCUGUGGCAGGGACCCCCCUGGAGCUGGGGGCCUGGAGGUCACCACCCUGCGGCCCUGCUGCAGGGCCCCCCCCAGAGGUGCUUGGGGUUCCCGACACAGGGAUGGAGGCCUGGGGGUCACCCUCCUACAUCCCUGCAACAGGGACCCCCCCGGAGCUGCACGGGGCUGUCGCGUCCAGCACGUCCUCCUGGCUGUCCCCUCCUCACUGCGCAGGGGCAGGGGCCCUCCUGGACCUCCCCGGCGACCCCCUCCUGGACACGGGGCUGAUGCUGCCUGAGUUCGUGGAUGCAGGGACAGUCACCCAGGACCUCUCCGCAGACCUGCUAUCUCUCUUGGAGGCUCUGCUCCCAUCACAGACCCAGGACUGA